AUGCAGAAUAAGCUCCUUGCUGUGAUUGGUGGACUGGAUUCUCUUACUUCUCUUGAUAUGGCAAUAGUUCUGGAUAUCUAUAAGAUUCCUCAGCUCACCUAUAGUCCAAUUCCAGUGAUGAAGGACAAAUCUCCUGGUCUUCCCUUCUAUCAAAUGGUUCCUAAGGAAGACCUUCAAUAUGAAGGUAUUCUGUCUCUAUUUUUACAUUUCAAAUGGACAUGGAUUGGGAUUGUAGUUAUGGAUACUGACAAUGGAGAAAGAUUUGUACAAACAGUGAAUUCUUCUUCUGAUAUGAGUUGCAACUCUUCUUCUAGUUUACUGCUUAAGAAUUACCAGCAUAUCCUGGCCUUGACAUUUGCAGUAAAGGAAAUCAAUGAAACCCCUCUGAUUUUGACUAAUCUCACCCUGGGUUUCCACAUUUAUGACAGCUAUUUCAAUGCACAGUGGACAUAUCAUGCCACAUUGCUUCUUAUAUCUUCUUUUGAGAAAUUUGUCCCGAACUAUUCAUGUGAUACUCAGAAUAAUGUUAUAGCAGUCAUUGGUGGUCUUGAUGCCCAAACCUCCCUUCAUAUUGCAACACUUGUAAAUACCUACAAGAUUCCACAGCUCCAUUCCUUUCUGAAAAGCAUCUCAUUUAACAACAGUGCUGGGGAUAAAAUUGCCUUCAAUCAGAAAGGAGAAAUAGUUGCUGGAUUUGACGUGAUCAACUGGAUUACUUCCUCAAACAAAUCAAGAGUGAAGGUUGGCAGGGUAGAUCCUCAGACUCCAGCAGAUCAAAAACUGAUUAUCGGGAAGGAUGCCAUCACAUGGCAUAGUUGGUUCAAUCAGACACAACCUCUUUCUGUAUGCAGUGAAAGCUGUUCUCCAGGGUCCAGCAAGAAAGUAAAGGAAGGAGAACCAUUUUGCUGUUAUGAUUGCAUCCCAUGUCCAUAUGGGAAGAUAGCUGAUGAGAAGGAUAUGAAUGACUGUCAUAAAUGCACAGACAAAACAUAUCCGAACAAAAAACAUGAUCUUUGUAUUCCAAAAACUAUAACUUUUUUGUCUUAUAAGGAACCACUGGGUAUCUGCUUAUGCAUUGCAGCACUUUUCUGUUCAUUAAUCAUAAUUUUGGUGCUGGGAACAUUUAUAAAGCACCACACCACUCCCAUUGUUAAAGCCAACAACCGGGACCUGACCUAUAGCCUUCUCAUCUCCCUUCUGCUCUGUUUCCUUUCUGCAUUGCUCUUUAUUGGUCAGCCUAAUAAGGUGACUUGUCUUCUCCGACAAACUGUGUUUAGUGUUGUGUUUUCAGCAGCUAUUUGUUGUGUCCUUGCAAAAACCAUCACAGUUGUUCUAGCUUUCAUGGUCAUCCAGCCAGGGUCCAGAAUGAAUGAAUGGUUAGGGAAAAGACUGGCUAUCUCCAUUGUUUUCUCUUGUUCAUUUGUUCAAACAAGUAUCUGUACCUUUUGGUUGGGGACUACUCCACCCUUCCCAGAUGCUGAUCUGCAUUUGGUAACUGAAGAAAUUGUAUUAGAAUGCAAUGAAGGGUCAGUGAUUAUGUUUUAUUGUGUUCUGAGUUAUAUGGGCUUUCUAUCCAUUGUGAGUUUCAUUGUGGCAUUUUUGGCCAGGAAAUUACCUGACAGUUUCAAUGAAGCUAAAUUCAUCAGUUUCAGCAUGUUGGUCUUCUGCAGUGUUUGGGUAACUUUUGUUCCAACCUAUCUAAGCACCAAAGGAAAAUACAUGACUGCUGUGGAGAUCUUUUCUAUCUUAACAUCUGGUGUUGGGCUUCUAGUUUGCAUCUUUUCCCCCAAAUGUUACAUAAUUAUAAUGAGGCCUGAGCUGAACAAUAGAGAAUACCUAAUUAGAAGAUGGCAUUGA